GUGAGUGGGAGACCGCGGCAGACUCCGACCGGACCCCGCGGACUGCACCGCGACUGUGUGACUUGUGAACGGCAGUUUAGCCAGGACAAUCCGUCCGACGGGUUAGUGGCUGAACUCUAAAACGAUACCAGCUGCUGUGAGGUAAUCAGCAUUUCCUUAGCACUCAGUGAGCUUAAAAGAUAUAACAGUGAUUUGUUAUGCAUCGUUUUGACUGUCAACCUUUAACAAAUACUGCAUAAGAAGGCAAGAUAUUGCAAUAUCGCUCCCGUAGUUCAUACAAGACGUUCUGAACCGGCUAACAGAAAGGUAUAGCCACUGAGUGGCAACGCUAUCAAACUUCUGCCACGCAGGCUUCAAAGUUCACAGCAAGCUUUGUAACACAGCUAAGUGACGCGAACAGCAAGAAUUCAGCAGUGCUCAUGUGUAAGCGUCUAUCAGUUUGACACUUAUGAAAACUUCUUUCAAUAAUUAAUUUGGUGAAGAAGUUGCAGAAUACACCGAUAUUCGGCCGAAUACCUCACAUUUCCUCACAAAACGCCUGCAUAGGGCGCGUGUCUGACAGUGUGCCAGGCACACCAGCUGAAGCCCUCGCAGGGCGUCCACCAUCACCAUGGAGAAGCUGAACGAGUACACGGGCGGCUACUGGCGCGUGCAGGCCGUGAAGGACGCCUGGCGCGAGUGGCGCGAGCGGCGCAGGGGGGACUCGGAGGGCGGCCACGGCUCCGGCUCCGGCUCCGGCGCCCGCACCUUCUCCGGGAGGGUGCGGGACUGGCUGCUGACCCGAGCCGACCAGGCGGACGGCACCGACUACUCACACGUCUACAGGAGUAAGACUCGCGCCGAGCUGCUGCGGAUCUCGGCGGCUGUGAUGGGGAUCGAGUUCUGCUACGCCGCUGAGACGGCGUUCGUCUCCCCCACGCUGCUCUCUAUCGGUGUGCUGCACAGCCACAUGACGCUGAUAUGGUGCCUGUCGCCGCUGGUCGGGUUCUUUCUGACGCCGGUGCUGGGGUCCAUGAGUGACCGCUGCCGCAGCCCGCUGGGUCGCCGCCGGCCCUUCAUUCUGCUCCUCUCCGUCGGCAUCGUGCUAGGUCUGCUGCUGGUGCCUAACGGCAGUCUGAUCGGCCGCGCCCUGGGCGACGAGUACCCUCCGCCUCCGGCCGCCAACGCUUCCGAUGACCUGGAGCCGGUGCCGGACCCGGCGCCGUCCGAGCCCGCCAACCUGACGUACCCGCUGUUCGCGGCGGACGCGGCCAACUCGUCCCACGAGUACCACGCGCACCCGUGGGGCAUCUUCUUCACCAUCGUGGGCACGGUGCUGCUCGACUUUGACUCGGACGCGUGCCAGAGCCCGGCGCGCGCCUUUCUGCUCGACAUCACAGUGCCCGAGGACCACGCCAGAGGUCUGAGCACAUUCACCAUCAACGCAGGACUGGGGGGAGCGCUGGGAUACGUCAUGGGCGGCAUCAACUGGGACGCCACGUUCAUAGGGGAGGUGUUCGGAGGCCACGUGCGCGCCGUCUUCACCCUUGUGCUGUUCAUCUUCCUGGCCUGCCUGAUGACCACCAUGUGCAGCUUCCCGGAAAUACCGCUCGACCUGAUCCACUCCCAGGUGCCGCCCGACGGCAAGAGCGGCACCGACCAGGAGGUGAUGAUGACGGUCAGCACGUCCGACGCGGCCGCCCACCGGUCCUACGGCACCGUCUCCGGCCAGGCCAGCCCGUCGCCGACCCACCAGGGCGAGACCAGCUUCAUGGCGCCGACGCCCACAGAAACCAAGGUGGCCGACCCAGCCGAGGCGGAGGAGCCGCGUGUCUCGCUGAAGGAGUACCUCCUCUCUAUCGUCUACAUGCCGGCCUCCCUGCGAGUGCUCUGCCUGACCAACCUGUUCUGCUGGAUGUCGCUCGUCUGCUACUCCCUCUACUUUACCGACUUCGUGGGCGAGGCUGUGUUCGGCGGAGACCCGCAGGCGGCCGUGGGCACCCCACUCCGGCAGGCGUACGAGGACGGCGUGCGCUUCGGCUGCUGGGGAAUGGCCAUCUACUCACUGUCCUGCUCCAUCUACUCCUUCAUCAUCGAGAACCUCGUCAGAAGAUUCAGGGCGCGCCCGGUAUACGUGGGUGGCCAGCUGGUGUACGCUCUGGGUAUGGUGUUCAUGGCCAGCCUUCGUCACCGCGUGGCCGUCAUUGUGUUCUCGGCGUGCGCCGGCGUCAUGUACUCGACGCUGUUCACCAUGCCGUACCUACUGGUGGCGCACUACCACGUCUCCGGAUCGUUCGCCGCCGCCCCUUCCGGCUCAGAGGCGGUGCAGACGCAGCAGGUGCGCGGCCUCGGCACCGACGUGGCCAUCGUCUCCAGCAUGGUGUUCCUGGCGCAGUUCGUCCUUAGCCUCUGCGUGGGCUCCAUCGUGACGGCGGCCGGCACCACUACCAUGGUGGUGGUGCUGGCGGCCGUGCUGAGCACCUGUGGCGCCAUCACCGCCACCCAGGUCACCUACCUGGACUUGUAGUACCGACAACGGCCGCUAGGUGAUGCUAGUGACGGGGAACGGUGAGGGACGGAGGGAGAGGAGGCAGGUAGCUGGGAUGUUGGGAAUGUACGGCAGGUCUAACGGGCUCCUGAGCUCAUGCGGAGCUCUGCAUGUUGAUGUUCCCAGCCCUACACAAGUUCCUCAAUGUCACCGGUCGACUCAUCGGGUAGACAUUGGCUCGGCUUUCGUGAUCGCCGCUGUUUCUGUGGCGGAUUCUCGACCCUCGACGGCACCUGCAAGACUUUUAAGCAAUGCACCAGAAAACGUUGUUGUUCUGUUGAGCUCAUCAUUAUUUUUGUUUCGCUUUCUUAGCCUCGGACACUUUUCCCUGUCAAUCAUUGUAGGUAUAAAUGUACGUUCCGUCUACUUAGACACCCAUUGGCCAUUUGUUUUAGAAAGUUUGAGAUACCUCAUUGUCGUGUAAGCCUACCUCUACCUAUCAACCCAAGUUUACGUGCAUAUUUGGGCAUUAUUGCUGUGCAAUGGAUGUGGUUACAUAAGCCAGCUUCAGUAGUUUUCCGUAGAUUUGUUACCUAGUCGAGGGGCUGUUCAUUGUGCUGUUGCCCUCCUUUCUGGGCCUUCAAAGCCAUGUCGUGUAUGUGGUAGACGGAUAAAUGGAUCGCUUAGUGCCAUGACUGGUCUCGCCGUGCCGCUGCUCCAAACAGUUGAGUGAUAUCUUUGUUACGUUUGCAAUGUAGAAUCCCUCCCUCUAUGAAUAUCUCGUGGACGUAAGAAAUGCAGAUGUCGAUGGCGAGUGCAGGACUAAGCCCGUCACAUCGCGACAAACUAGACCGAUUUUAUUACAGAACACAUGUUUUAUGUUCACCUGUGGCAGGGAAAGCUGAGCGUGUCGUCCAGUUUGUUUAGUUCGCCUCAGUCGUGACAAAUAUGCUCUGAGAUUGCAGCGCCGGUGCUUCGAGUAUGUCAAUAUGUGUCGAUGUAGUGUGUCGGAUGUCAGUCAGCGGUUUCAUGGUAUCUGGUCGGUGUCAGUUCACUAUAGAAUGGCAGCGAGUAGCGCUAGGCUAGUAGGUGUCCGCGAUGAGACGCGAUGCACUGAAGUGCAAUACAUCUGUUGUUACCGUGCAUUGGUCGUUUUCUUCGUUAUUCUGCUGUAAGUACAAUGGCGUGUGACCUCGUUCUUUGCGAAUAUUGCAUGCGUCUCAUUUGGAUCACAAUUCUCGGUU